AUGGGAAGAAAAUCGUACCUGCUAGGCCUCUUGGGGCUACUUCUUAUUUCUUGUAAGUGUACUCUUGCUUUUUUUGCGUAAGGAAAAGUUGAGUUUUGCAAGUAUUUCAGUUCGCACAGUUUCCUCGAAUAAUUUUUAUGCUCACGAAAAAUUUUAUUUCGUUUCAAUGUACAUGAAAGCAAAUAGUCUUACGUCAGAUUUGCAGAGAAGGUUUCGGCCGUUUUGUUUUAAAAGUAAGCUUCAGAGUAUUCGGUCUGUGGGUAAUUGCAAAAUUCGAUACGUUUAUACUGUCAAGUCACGAUCGAUUGCCUUUCGAUUUCACCACUCACUUGUGUCGAUUGGAAAACUGUCCAUUAGCAACGUACUUAUUGGCAACGAUUUAGAUUCAUGUACGUCUACCGUCGGAAAAUAUAACUCGGAAAUUGUGGAUAUUAUGAAACGAAACACGGUCCCAAAGGAUAAUUUAGACUUGUAUACUUACAUUGAUGGUAUUGUUUAUUAUACAAUGUUUCUCUGGUAUAACUUAUUGACUUCCAUUACAUUUAAAUGAAUACUCUUAUAUAGAAAGUGAAUUUACAACGAAAUAUUACAUAGUUGAAUUAUUUUUCCAUAGAGUCACUAGAUAAUCUUUAUUAGAUUUCUAACUGAGAUGAUUUUGAGGGUUUGAGUUUUGGGAAAUCCCUUCUUUUUCAAAUCAUGUUGGAGUGGAUUAUUUGAAAAUUUUUAGGGUACACUUUAAUGCAUUUAGAUAUAAGAGGUGGCAAGAAGUUAUUUCUGAAACAGCUUUAGUGGAAAACGUCUGCAAAAGCUCUAAUUUGGGACGUUGCAUUGGCUAAUUGUUAGAAAAAGCACUCAAAACUUUUAAAAAUCCAGCCCUCGAGAUAUGUCAACCUGUGAUUGGAUACUUGCUAUCAACCAAUAGGAAUUGGCCAGAUAUGUCCAACAUCUUGAAGAUAAACAAAUACUUGUAGCUCAUAGAGAUUGUCAACUAUUUGAAAAGAAAUUGAAAGAAAUUUGUUUUUCUUCAACUUAUUUUAUUUUAUUUUUCCUUGUGCAAUUUUAAGUUUCAUUAACAAUAACAUUGUGGUCCACUUGAGCCCUUUGUUAUAAACAUUGUAGUUCUGUAAUGCAGGUUUUUGAGUUAAGGGAUUUUAUGUGUUGUUUUGUUUGUUCACCUUACAUACUUAAAAAGGUUUUCUCCAGAUGUUUCAUUUUCAGUUAAUGGCAUCUUAUUGUUUCAAAAGCAAGAGAAUUAAAAAAUGGAAUUAUUUUAUCUACUGAUGAAACAAAAUGUCUUUCAUGCUGUUUGUAAAAGAUACCUGUUUCAUGACAAUAAAUUAAUGUAAUAAUUACUUGGUACCAGAGCUCUUGAGUUGAUUUGCUGGCAGAGAUUGAAAUUUUGUCUGUAUAGCUUUUAAUUCUAAUGCUGUGGGCAUCAUUUUCAUGGGGGAAAAUUGUGAAGAAAUGAAGCAAUUCAGACUUUUCUUUCUUUAUUCUAAGCUAGAAUUUCCAUCACAGGAAAGUGUUUGAAGAAAGAACAAAGUGAAUAAGGAGUAAUUAAAUUAAUAUGGAUUAUUAAUUUGAUAGGUACUUUACAAAAGCAGCAGUUUGCCAUCUCAAAAACAAUAGUUUAAAUCAGAAACCUUAAAUGUGCUAGAAAUAGCAGUUUCUGUGUGAGAGUGUAAGACCAAAUUCAUUUGUGUGAAUUUUGAGAGCUCUGGGGAACAUGUGCAAUUGUUAAGUAGCAUCAUCUUUGUCUUGUUGUUCUUGGUAUCAACUUUUUGAGAUGAGAUUUUUGUCAGACUUUUCAUGGUAGACUUAAUAUUCCUGUUCCUUUUUUUGCAGCUUUUUGCUUGGCAGAAGAAGAAAAGACAGAAGAACCAACAGAGACAGAACCACCCACAGUAGAUGAAGAUGUUGGAAAAAGUAGAGAUGGAUCUAAGACAGACGAUGAAGCUGUCCAGAGGGAGGAGGAAGCUAUCAAACUGGAUGGUUUGAAUGUGGCCCAGAUGAAGGAACUUAGAGAGAAGGCUGAGAAACACACUUUCCAAGCUGAAGUUAGCCGAAUGAUGAAGCUGAUUAUCAAUUCUCUGUACAGAAACAAGGAGGUAGGAGAAAUUUGACAGCGCUUUCUAUUUUGACUAUUUUGGAUGUGUUAUGGCGUAAGCAAGAUCUGAGGAAAAAACCACUGGCUCUAGGAACUCUAAAAAGUGGAUGGUUGAUGGAUGAUGUUUAGCCAGAAUAUUGACUUACAGCCAAAAACUCCACCUUGCGUAAAGUUGAUAAAUUGUGUACAUUUUGGAAAGUCUUUAAUAUACAGUCAAAUCUUAACUGUAAUUUAAUGAAUGAGAUGGGUUAGUGUUGGGUUCUGAACAAGCUUAAAUUUCUUUGGCCAGUUAGCUUCAUUGGCCACCAUUCAAAAUUUGUCUUAAGCCCUACUUGUACAUGCAGCUUGAUCUUUAAAUGUGCACUUUUCGAAAUCUUGAAGGGUAGAAAUACAAGCUUUAUUCAUACUAUUAUACUGAACACUGUUACAAGAAAAUUUGUUGUAGACUUCUUGAUUAUUUCAUUAAUUUUGGUACCACCAGUAGAUGAUGUUAAUUUGUUCUUAGCAUUAUAUCGAUCAAAAAUAAAAAGAUACCUGGUAAUAAUCAGAGGUUGAAAUUAUCUUUUUUUCUUUCAGAUUUUCUUGAGAGAACUUAUUUCCAAUUCUUCUGAUGCAUUGGACAAGAUCAGAUUUUUGUCACUUACGGACAAGUCAGCCCUUGCAGCCACAGAGGAACUGUCAAUUAAGAUCAAAGCUGAUAAGGAGAACAACAUCCUUCAUGUUACUGAUACUGGCAUUGGUAUGACAAAAGAUGAUAUGGUCAAAAACCUGGGUACCAUUGCCAAGUCAGGAACAAGCGAGUUUUUCCAGAAGAUGGCGGUGAGAAUUUUUUCUGUACUUCCUUUUAAUUUUGGUGUAAAAUUGUUGGGAUUUGACAGAAAGCGGAAAUUUGGAGCAGGAAACCGUAGUAAUCACCCUGCCAUGGCUUAAAUGUAGGCCUUUGAUGCAGAGUGCAGCACACGCCAACCAAAUUAGGACUUUUAUGGUGUGGAUGCUUACAUUUGUAGAUUUGAUGCAAGUGUCUGGUAAUUAUGUCAGCUUAAUUGUUCAUAGCAAUAUUCAAAACCCCACUUGUGUACUCCCUUUUUCAAGGUCUCCCUUACAGUUAUGUUUUCCCACAGUCAUUUUUUGCAUUGCUGAGUGUUACAUUAGUCAUUUUGCUUUUGUCCCCAUAUCCUUUAAGCUUUACUAUAUUGAAUCUUCAGGAUGCUCAGUCUAGUGAUCAGGCAAGUGAUCUUAUCGGUCAGUUUGGUGUGGGAUUUUACUCAACUUUCCUUGUUGCCGACCGUGUGAUUGUAACAUCCAAGCACAAUGAUGACAAGCAGUACAUUUGGGAGUCUGAUGCAGCUUCCUUCAGCAUCACAGAGGAUCCUAGGGGUGACACCCUUAAGAGGGGAACAACUGUCAGGUGAUUAUAUCCACUUUUCAAAGUGCGUUAAACAAUCUUUCCAAACAUAGUGUAUGCAGGGUGAUUUACCAGUAUGUGGUAUAUUUAUCAAACACUUUGGCCUUUGGCUUUGAAGAAAAGGUGAAGCUUGGUUCCUUCUCACUGUUUUCUCCUUGUUCCUGACACCAGUUCUUUUCCUCUGGUGUUGUUGCCUUAUUUUGGCAGUCAUUGUGAUCAUCUAUUUCACAAUCAUUUAAUUUUUUUUUUUUUUUACCCUUUAUUUUAGGAAAAAUAUUCCUAUUAUGUCUAAUGUUGUAUUUUUUGGGUAAAAUAUUUGUUUGAAUCUGUGCAUUUUAAGCACAAAUGUGUGUUUUUCCUCCCCCCUUCCAUCCUUCACCUAGUUUUCAAAGAGUAAAAAAAAUGCUUUUUUAAGAAGCAAGAUAAUGCCUCAUUAUUUGAAUUAUUUGAUUAUGUAUAAAAUUGUGUUUUGUCCCAUAGCCUUCACCUAAAAGAGGAAGCUCGUGACUUCCUUGAGCCUGACACCAUCAAAGACCUUGUCAAGAAGUACAGUCAGUUCAUCAACUUCAACAUUUACCUGUGGACCAGCAAGACAGAGGAAGUGGAGGAACCAGUCGAGGAGGAAGCUGCUGAAGAUAAGAAAGCUGAUGAAGCUGCUGAAGAUAAGAAAGAUGAAGAGAAGGAAGAGGAGAAGAAAGAUGAAGACAAAGAAAAGGAAGACAAGGAUGAUGAUGCAGAGGUGGAGGAGGAAUCCGAGGAAAAGGAGAAGAAACCAAAGACUAAAAAGGUUUGUCUGCUGCAGGUUAAGUAACCCUUAACACCCUAGCACCAGUUUGCAAAUUCUCCACACUGUUCUUUAAAUGUUUUCUUUGUCACUUUCAUGAAGAAUUUACUCAAUGAUCAAGAGCCUUUUGACCUAGCCAUCAUUUCUUUUAUUCUCAUCGCGUUUAUGUUUAAUUCACAAAUGAUACUGUUGGGAGAAAUAAGAUGCCUAUCACUGUCAGGGUUUGAAGUGUGAAGGAACUUUUCUCUCUAAGAGAGUAGGAGGAUUAACCCUCAUAGGAACUGUACCUGUGGCAAACAAAUUAUCUGUAGAAGGAAGUUUUACUGAAAUGUGUUUUGCAAAUUUAAACUUACAAAGUUACAGUUGGAUGGAAAUUAAUGAAGUCACCUUUUUGGUACUUUUGUUUAUUUUUUGAUGUUGUUGUUUUUCAGGUGGAAAAGACUACCUGGGACUGGGAACUUAUUAACUCAAACAAACCCAUCUGGAGCCGAAAACCCAAAGAUGUCAAAGAUGAAGAAUACAAUGAAUUUUACAAAUCGUUCACUAAGGUAUCUUCUGGAACUGUGCUAUGUGUUGUUCUGAAAGACUGAUUUAACUUGUACAGUUGUUAUUGAGUAACAAACCAGUGUGUAACUUGGAAUUCUGUGAUCUAAAGUUUCUUUUCACUUUUUGACUUUUUUCUUGGAUUGUUUCUUUCCCAUGCCAUGAAAAAUCAUUUUAUAUUAAUAAGAAAGAUGAAGAUAAAAAAUCUGUGAGUCAAUAAGUCAGUAAAUGUGUAACUAUAGAGGUUUUGUGUGGAACGUAACAAUUUGUGCUAUCUUUCCAAGUUGUUUUAUUUGUGGUAAAGGUGUACGCUUUAUGGUUGCAUGGAGUAUGUCAUAGGUUGAGUAAAAAUGUACUUAAAAAUAAUUUGCUGUCUAUUGCACUAACUUUCCAAAAUUUCAUGGUUUUAAAUGACACCAAUACUGUAUUACAUAUUAACAAUGAAUGUUAUUUAUCAGGAUCAUGAUGAGCCUCUUGCCAAGACCCACUUUGUUGCUGAGGGUGAAGUCACAUUCCGUUCAAUCCUCUAUGUGCCAAAAUCUGCUCCAAACAACCUUUUCUCUGAAUAUGGCAAGAAGAUGGAUCAGAUCAAGCUGUAUGUGCGACGUGUCUUCAUCACUGACAACUUUGAAGAUAUGAUGCCCAAGUAUCUUUCCUUCAUCCGUGGUGUUGUGGAUUCUGAUGACCUGCCUCUCAACGUCAGUCGUGAAAAUCUUCAACAGCACAAACUUCUGAAGGUGAUCAAGAAGAAGCUUGUACGAAAGGCUCUGGACAUGAUCAAGAAGAUCCCCAAGGAAGAAUACAUGGAUAAAUUCUGGAAGGAAUUCAGCACAAGGUAUAUAAUUUUCUGGCAUUAUUUUUUUUUCUUUUUUUGUUCAGCCUCUUCACGUUUGCCCAAAAAUCAAAGCUGCAAGAAUUGAUCUCAUCCUUGAUUUUUAUUAGUUUCAAUAGUUUCCUUGGAUUGAAUCUCCUUGAAAUAAACUGAAAUUUUUGUUUUCAUUGUAGCAUCAAGUUAGGUGUGAUGGAGGACCACUCCAACAGGACCAGAUUGGCCAAAUUGCUCCGAUUCUUUUCUUCUAAUUCUGAGAAGGACAUGACAAGCCUGGCUGAUUAUCUUGAGAGGAUGAAGGAAAAACAAGACGCAAUCUAUUUCAUGGCAGGAACCAGCCGAAAGGAGGUGAGAUCCUGCACAAUAAUACAAAUCAGGCCCAGUUGUUAAGAGGAUGACAGUGCUCUUCAGUGGAUAAAUCACUAACCAUCUAGAUUUAUCCAGUGGAUAGGGUUAUCCACACAACCAGGGCCAGCUGUUAAAUACUCUCAUACCAGAGCUGAUUGCAUGAUUAGGUUAGUUAUCUUAUGAAUGGAAAGGUUGUAUCUGAAGAGCUUUUCCCACUUUGCUUGAGUUGUUAGUUGGUUAAAGAUAAUGCACUAAGGUUACUUCAAAAAAUUCUGCUCAAGAGUUUCAAAAUUUUGAAUAUUUUAUCAUUUUUAAGCUUUACAGUGAUAUAUAUUUUUCCAUGGUCUCUUUCAAAGUAGUGUGCAUAUGAAAAUUUUUCCAGGAGGCAACCUAAUUUGUUGGUAGUAACUUUAAUGUGCUUGUAUACUUCACAUGUAAAGGUUUUGUUGUACCUACAUGUAUAUAUAUAAUUCUAUACAUAUUGAUGCACUGUUGUCAUGUUUAUUUAAAGGUUGAAAGCUCUCCAUUUGUGGAACGUCUGCUCAAGAAGGGUUAUGAAGUGCUCUACUUAAUUGAGCCAGUUGAUGAAUACUGCAUCCAGAGUCUGCCCGAGUUUGAAGGAAAGAAAUUCCAAAAUGUAGCCAAGGAAGGUCUGAAGAUCGGAGAAGAAUCAGAGAAACAGAAGAAGAAGCUAGAAGCCUUGGAGAGCACAUAUGAGCCUCUGCUAAAAUGGCUGAAGGAGGACGCUCUGAAAGAUCUGAUCGAGAAGGCUGCCAUCUCACAGCGAUUGGAUGAGUCACCCUGUGCUCUUGUUGCCAGCUCUUAUGGUUGGUCUGGAAACAUGGAACGAAUUAUGAGGUCGCAGGCUUAUGCCAAGAGAGAAGACCCAAGUAACGAGUAAGUGGGAAGGAACUUUAGAAACCAUUAUCAUCAAAGUUGAUAGGCUGCAGAUUACUUAUCCAGUCUAUUUUUUGUGGUGCACAUGCAUAGUUCAUGUAGUUGUAUUCUUUAACUUCUGAAGUCAAGUUGGUUUUCUUUGCUGCAGCCAUUAGGCAAGGUUGUCAAAAGAAGAUGGCAACUGGUGCAUUUCCCUGUCUACUCUGAAAAACCUGUCAGUUAUUUCAAAUGCUUGUGGCUCAGUUUUCAGUAUGGGGGCAUGGAAAUGUGCUGCCUACAUGUACUUUGUAUCAUAGCUGGUUACUCAAAAUCUUUUUGACAACCUGGUUUAUGUUGCCAAAGUAUCUGAGUGUUUGAUAGGACAUGCACAUUUGUGCCAACAACCUUUUCAUUUUAAAAUGGCAUGGAUUUUCUUGCUACUUCCCUUUCCCAUUUGCCAUGCAUUCCACCUGGCAUAUGUUAGUAAAAAGUAGCUACAGUGAUCUGGCAUGAUAGUUAAGACCAACUGUUAUGUUAAUGAAGCUGGUGUUACUGUUACUGCCAUCAUUUCACUCAUCGCAAACUUGUUUCAAAAUCAAGACCUUAUUAUACUCUGUUGUUCACGUUUCUGCAUUUGACCACCUCCCUGAACCAGAGAUGUUGUUUUUGUUACCCAUAAACUGAUUGCUCUCAGGAGACAAGGGGUUGAUUGAUUUUGUACAAAAUUUCUUUCAGAUAUUAUGCCAACCAAAAGAGAACAUUGGAGGUUAACCCAAGACAUCCAUUGGUCAAGGAACUUCUGAAAAGAGUGGAAACUGACAAAGAGGAUAAAACUGCCAAAGAUCUUGCCCGUGUGCUCUUUGAAACUGCAACUUUGAGAUCUGGAUACAUGGUCAAGGUUGGUGUAAUUAGCUUUAACUCUUGACAGCCUAACAUCAAUACCCAUAUUCUCCUUGCUGUUCUCUAUAGAUUUUCUUUGGUACCAACAAUGAGAAUUUGUGUAAAAAUGAGAAUUUGUGUAACAAUGAAAGCUUCCUAGCUUGGUGAUCAUUCCCACAAUUCUUAUUGUAUUAAAAAUGACUCCGCAUUAGUAAUGUUAGGAGAAAUUAGAUGCAGGUCAAUCUAAGGGUUCAAAGAGUUGUUAGCCUGCGAGAAGCUCAUGCUCGUGGACAGAAAUGAGACGUUUGAUUCAGACUGGCUACUCUUUCAAUAUGAAAGCCCUCGUCAUCAUCAGCAAAAUGGCCUCUUGUGCAGCAUCUCACAGUGUCUCCUACGCGGGUUAAUCAAUUGCAAUAUCCACGGUUGAUAAUUUGCUUAAUUCCUGUGAAUUGUUUACUUGAUGUAUUAGAAUUGAAAGAAGAUUUUGAGUAGUGUUCGUUCUUAUAAUUGAGGAAAUUAAGUCUGCAGUGGUACAUAUUCAUUUACAUUGUGAAUCUUUGUUCAGGACUCCCAGGACUUCGCUGGACGUAUCGAACGCAUGCUUCGUCUUAGCAUGGGAGUAGACCUGGAAGCCAUGGUGGAACCCGAAGAGGAAGAGGCCGAGGAGAAGGAGGAAGAAGACAAGGACACGGAGGAGGUUGAUGCAGAGGGAGACAAAGAUGAGGAGAAGACAGAGGAGGAAUCAGCAGCCAGCGAAGAGACACCAUCAGAAGGAGAGACAAAGACAGAGGAGAAAGAAGAUGAAGUGGAGGUAAACUACAAAUAGUUAGUCUGUCCAUAGAUGUUCGAUCAUUUCAGGGAGGAGGGAGGGGGGUAGGGAGGUUGAGAGGGAAGCUUAGCGACGUAUUACUUUCCAAGUAGUGACACUUACGUGUAACAGGUCAAAAGAAAACCAAAAUUGCCCCAAAGUAUUAAACGCCCAAGUUAAAAUGUGUAUCAGUUGAGUUGUCAUGCCGAAAGUUGAAGAAGAAUGGUCCAGAAUGAAAUAACACCACAUUUUUUUUCCUUCUAGGGAGAAUCAAAAGAAGCCCCGGCUGAAGCAAAGGACGAACUUUAACCACUCAAAGAAUACUUAAGAACUUUGUUAGACUUUAUUACAGUUUGGAUGCGUUCGAGAGAUGGUGCUGUUUGUCGCGGUUGUACAAAAAUAUGGCGGCCUAAGCCUCUUCGGAAUGAGUAUAUUUAUAAGAAACAUGUCAGAUUUUCGGGAAAAAUAUAUUGGAGAUGCAUUUUUUUGUAAGCUGCUUCAUGUUUUUGUUUCACCAAGUCACUUAGAAUCUUGUAAUUUCGUAUACAAAAACAAUAAAAUCGGCGUUACAAAAGAUAGAUCUUUUCCCUGAACCUCUACUGAAGUUGAUUCCCUUGUCUGCGCGUGCCACCUUAUUGGUUAAAUUUCUUGUGCUGUGAAUUGCAUUCUUGAAAAGAAUAGUUUUAGACAAGGUUAAUAAAAAUUCAUUUAUAUGAAACUGUCUUGAGUAUGU